AUGAAGAUUGCAUUAUUUUCAAAUAAGAAAUAUUGGUCAGAAUAUUUUGAUAAAACUAAAAGUUCACAUGAAAUCAAAUAUUUAGAUGUUCCUUUGAACGAACAAACUGCUGAAAUUGCAAAAGGAUUCGAUGCAGUCUGUGCAUUUGUAAAUGAUUGUUUGGAGAGAACGGUAUUGAGUGUACUCGGUAACAAUGGUGUGAAGUGUGUGCUGCUGAGAUGUGCCGGUUUCAAUAAUGUCGACUUGAAGGCUGCCAAAGAGUUUGGAAUCACCGUACUGAGAGUACCUGCCUACUCACCACACUCUGUCGCAGAGUUUGCUGUCAUGCUGUUGCUCGAGCUCAACCGUAAGCUUAUCAAAUCGUACCUGCGUGUCAGAGAAGGUAACUUCUCACUCGACGGACUGGUCGGUGGUGAGAUGCACGGCAAAACCGUUGGUGUCAUCGGAACCGGUAACAUCGGUAGAAUCGUCUCCAAGAUCCUUCUCGGCUACGGUUGCAACGUUAUUGCCUACGACGUCUUUGAGAGUGACGAAGCCAAAAAGAUGGGUGUAAAAUACGUUACACUCGAUGAAAUCUGGAAACAAGCUGAUAUGAUAUCCCUUCAUACUCCAUUAUUAAAAGAUACUUAUCAUAUGAUCAAUGAUGAAACAAUCGGUAAGAUGAAGGAAAAGAUUGUUAUUGUUAAUACUUCUAGAGGUGGAUUGGUAGAUACCAAAGCUGUGAUUAGAGGUUUGAAGUCUGGUAAGAUCGGUGCACUCGGUCUUGAUGUGUAUGAAGAGGAAACCGGAUUGUUCUUCAAUGAUACCUCGGAUUUGAUUCUACAAGACGAUGUACUCGCUAGAUUGAUGACCUUUAACAAUGUGAUUAUCACUGGUCACGAGGCAUGGUUCACCGACACCUCUCUCAAGCAAAUCUGUCAGAUCACCCUAGGUAACAUGACCGACUUUGAAAAAGGUACAAUCAAAAAGGAGAAUCUCGUUGAAUAUCAACCACAACCAAAUAAAUAA